AUGAACGACCUGCCUAAGAAAUGCACUCCAGAGGAGGUGAUCUCGGCCGUCGAGGCGUACCGCAAAUUCGCCGCCGAACAUGCUCGCGAAUCCUUGGAGUUGCUUAUCCGUAAGGGCGAAGAGCAGGAACUAGGACCAGGCUGGGAGGGUGAAGACGAAGCCAAGAUCACCGCGGCAAGGCUCUCUUCGUGCGAGCAAUAUCUACACGCUGAGGAUGGGCUACCUGGUUUCAAUUCGCCGCGCGAGCUGCUAUCCCGUUACGAGGAGGUCGUUGAUCGGUAUGCUCUGGACGGUGUCGUACGGUGGCAUCGAAAAGGCGCCCGCCGGAAUGCCAGCAUGAGCACUGAGGAGUACAUGAAGAUCCUCGACCAGGCCAUUCGAGAUAGCAUCUCUAUACCCACCUCUAUACCCUUUGAAGCAUCGAUCCCUGAAGAAUACAAGACCCUAAUGCAACAUGUCGAUUCGUUACAUGGCGUGGGCUUGCCCAUCCAACGACGUCCGCCGCCCUUCUGGGUAGGCUACAUCGAAGGCGAGGAUACGAUUAAGAGCCGUGUGCUGGCCAAAGAACGUAUCAACGGUCUUCAAAGCGCCUGGCUCCAUGGCUAUGAGAUAGCUACAGGAUGGGAGGCUGGGAAGACUGAUGACGGUUACAUCUUUGUGGUACUUUGCCAGAGCGAGGAAAUGGGGAAACCAUGGCAUUGGAGGUAUGCCAGGGUCGAGUGGUCUACGCCAGAUGGUGAGGUGUGGGAUGAUAUCCCUAGUUUCCUGGAAUACCAUGCGCAACGUCUCCCUUCUAAUGCGAAAGACCCGUUUAUUCCUUUAGAUGAUGAGCCGUGA